UAGUUUAAGGAUACCUGCUGCAUGUGGGUUUGGAAUUUCUAUUUUAUUUUUUUUUAAUUGUUUCGUGGCGCCGUUUGUUUUUGGAUUUCAUCAUAAUUUUUCAAUUCAAGAUGGAAAUGGAUUAUGAUAAAAAAUUGAAUGAAUUUUUACUGCAAAUAAAAAAUGGACAAAUAUCAGGUUCAUAUAAUUUUGCCAAACAAACCGUAUUGUUGAUCCUGGAUCUGAUUAUCAAUACUGAAUGGACAAAAAUUAGAGAUAUGAUUGAAAAAGUUCAAGAAAUUGGAAAAAUAUUAAUCAAAGAACAGCCAACAGAACCAGUGAUUGAUAAUAUGGUGAAAAGAAUAUUGAAAAUAAUUCGUGAAGAAUUCAAUCAUAUUCGUGGUAUACGUGAUGAUGAAGGUUUUGAAUCAAUAAUAAAUUUAUGGUCACAUAAUCAACAAUGUAAAGAAGAAGCUACAUUAGAAGAAAUGACCAUUGUAAAAGAUUCUAUAAGCAUAGCUAUUGGUGAACUAUUAAGCGAAUUGGAAACAAGUGGUGAAAAUAUUGCCCAACAAGCUAUGGAACAUAUCUAUUGGGAUGAAGUUAUUCUUACUAUUGGCCGAUCAAAAACGGUUGAAGCAUUUCUUAAAUUUGUGGCCAAAAAGAAAAGAAAAUUUCAGGUUAUCGUUGCUGAAUGUGGUCCAGAUAAUAAUGGCCAUGAUUUGGCCAUUAGUUUAGCUAAAGAAAAUAUAAACACCAUAUUGAUUCAUGAUUCGGCAAUAUUUUCGGUCAUGUCUCGUGUAAAUAAAGUAAUAAUCGGUACACAUUCAAUAAUGGCCAAUGGUGGUAUUAAAUCCGUUUCUGGUACAUAUACAUUGGCUUUGGCUGCAAAACAAUAUUCAGUUCCUUUUAUUGUCUGCACUGGAAUGUUUAAAUUGACGCCCAAACAUAUGGCCAGUUAUGACCAGAUGGCAUUCAAUAAAUUUUCAUCACCAGAAAAAGUUCUUAAUUAUGAAUAUAGCUAUUCGGUUGAAUGUCAGGUAGUGAAUCCGGCAUUUGAUUAUGUACCACCUGAAUUGAUAACAAUUUUUGUUUCAAACAUUGGCGGAACAACACCAUCAGAUGUUUAUCGACUUUUAGGUGAAUUAUAUCAUCCAGCUGAUGAAUUAGCAAUUUAAUAAAAUUUUUUUGAUUAAUUAAUAAAUAUGCAAAUGAUUACCAUU